AUGGCGGCAACGGCAGCGGCGGCGACAGGCCCGCGCGCGGGGUUCCCGUCGCAGGAGCUGCUGGACGACCUGUGCAGUCGCUUUGUCUUCAACGUACCAGGGGAGGACCUGCAGUCGUUUGAGCGCAUGCUCUUUUCCAUCGAACAGGCGCAUUGGUUCUACGAGGACAAGUGUCGCGAGCGGCACACGCCACCUCUUCGCUCGUUCACUCUCCGAGACUUCACCAACCUCUUGUUCCAGCGCUGUGUGGCUCUUAAACCAUACGCGGCACGAGUCAACGACAUAUACAACGAGUUUACGAGCUACAAGUUCAAAGUGCCGGUCACGGGGGCGAUCAUCCUUGACCAUUCAAUGACCCGGGUAUGCACGCACUAUGCACUGCACGCACUAUGCGUGAUGGACGGUUCUCUUGUUCCUUCUUUCGCAUCACGUGGCUUAGCCACCUUGCUUGAUAUGUUAGUGUUCCGCUUUUUCUGCCGCCACCUCCCCUCUCUCCACCCCUGCCCUGCCGUGCUGCUACAGUGCAUACUCGUUAAAGGGUGGCGAACCUCUGCGAGUUGGGGCUUUCCCAAGGGCAAGAAGGGGCUCAAGGAGACGGAUGCCGAGGCAGCGGUCAGGGAGAGUGACGUUAAGAAAAGAUGCGGGUCAAACAGACGGAUGCCGAGGCAGCGGUCAGGGAGGCGGGUGGAUGGUGAGGGGAGGUGGGUGGAUGGUGAGGGGAGGUGGGUGGAUGGUGAGGGGAGGUGGAUGGAUGGUGAGGGGAGGGCGUGUGUGCGUCUUGAGAGGUCUAAGGGCAAGAAGGGGCUCAAACAGACGGACGCAGAGGCAGCGGUUAGGGAGGUGGACGGGGGAAAGAAGGGGCUCAAACAGACGGACGCAGAGGCAGCGGUUAGGGAGGUGGACGGGGGAAAGAAGGGGCUCAAGGAAACAGAUGCAGAGGCAAUGGUUCGGGAGGCGGGUGGUUGGAGGGCGGUGGGUGGUUGGAGGGAGAUGGGUGGUUGGAUGGAGGUGGGUGGUUGGAGGGAGGCGGGUGUUUGGAGGGAGGUGGGUGUUUGGAGGGAGGCGGGUGUUUGGAGGGAGGCGGGUGUUUGGAGGGAGGUGGGUGGUUGGAUGGAGGUGUUGGAGGAGACAGGCUUUGACAUCUCCGCUCUGGUCAACCCCUCAGAAUAUCUGGAGAUCUUGGAGGAGGCAGGCUUUGACAUCUCCCCUCUGGUCAACCCAUCAGAGUAUCUGGAGGAGACAGGGUUUGACAUCUCGUCUCUGGUGAACCCCUCAGAGUAUCUGGAGGUGGUGGCAGGGCAGCAGCAGCAGCGCUCACGCCUGUUUGUUGUGGCGGGGGUGGACUCGCGCACUGCAGUGUUCCAGCCACAAACCGUGAAAGAGAUCAGCGGGAUCGCAUGGCAUCUCAUCUGUGACUUAGCCACAGCGCAGUGUGACGGAGCGCUGCCAGUCUCUCGCACAGUCAGCGGGGCCAAGCUCUUUAUGGUGCAGCCGUUUGUCAGGCCCCUUCUCGAGUGGAUAGACCGCCACCACACGCCUGACACCCGGCAGCUAGCAGUGCACAUGAUGCCGCAGAACGUUCCAGGAAGCAUCAUCUCUGUCUGGAAGACCAGCAGCGUUCUUCCCGCCUCUCCACAAACAUCCCAUUCUUUCGCUCCUGCUGCUGCUGCCGUUGCUCCUCCUGCUACUACUGCUGCUGCUGCUGCUGCUGCGUCUGCUGCUCCCCCUGGUGCUGCUGGUCUCACUGCUGCACCUCCCUCUCAUCAUUCCACCAUCCCAGCCACCACCACAUCAGUCCCACACAUUCCCACCGCAUCCCCUUCCUCUCUCCGCCAUCCAGUCUCCUCGCGCCACGUGGCGGCGGCCAGGAAGCAGCUCUUCCCCACCGAUUCUCCCCCUCAGGCCACGUCAGCACCAUCUGGGCUCCUGCCAGCAUCAGCAACCAUUCUGCGUGCCAUGCAGGCUGCGUGA